AUGAAUUCAUCACAAAACAAUUCAGGGGAUCUCCCCACUAGAGUAUCCAGCAGGAAAGGAAAAAACUUGCAUGUGGCACAUAGACGCUCUCCUUCCGAAUUAACCACUUUGAUGGUUGAGCAAUAUAACUUACAACGUCAAUUGGAUCAGGUUCAAGCACAGCAAAGACAAAUUUUGGAACAACAACAGCAACAACAACAACAACAAUACUUGCAACCACAAUUUGAGUAUCCACCACUGUCAUCCUCCUCUCAUUCCGAUUUCCUGCAUUCUUCACAACAAUCCAACCACAACAAUAAUCGUGGUUCACAUUCCAGAUCGUCCUCAAUCACCAACAACAACUACAACAACACUCAUAGAAGGACAGGCUCUGCAAGUGGCACUGCCCAUGGGCAUACGAGAAGACACUCCUUGGCGCUUAAUGAAGCCAUUGCUGCUGCUGAUCAACAGAGGACCAGUAGACUUAGCUCGAGCCCACUGCAUGGCGAGGCAGCUGAUGACCAAAAAAUUGGAUCAUUUAAAUUUCCACCAGAGAAUAACGAUCCGUCGAGUCCAAGUAAUGCAAUUCAUGACCGUUCAAGAUCACUGGCAUAUGGUCAGCAGUCAUUCAAAUUUCCUGCGACUCCAUCUCAAGAAGUAACAAGUGGUAAUAACAGCUUGUUACCCCCAACUCCAAAUUUCAGCAUUACUCAAUCUCCAGAACGUGGUGGAGGCAGCCACAAUAGAAAACCCUCACACUACAGAACCGCAUCACGUAACUCCGAGGGUAUAAAUCAAAACUGGAGGCACCAAAACAUUCAUUUGACACCGCAAUCUGGCUCGCAUCACAGACAAUCAUCGGGAUUGGAACCACCACCAGGAUUUGUUCCCGGUCACAGGCCCCGUCAAAGCUCCUAUGGCGGAGGAAAUUCGGUAUCAUCUAUUUCACAGUUUUUGCCGAAUAAUGGUGCUGGAGGCCAGGGAGGACAAGGAGGACAAAAUACAAGCAACGGUCGUAAAUCACUUUUCGCUCCUUACUUGCCACAAUCAUCUCUUCCUGAAUUGAUCAACGAGGGCCGCUUGGUAACUGGGACUUUAAGAGUUAACAAGAAAAAUAGGUCAGAUGCAUAUGUCUCCACUGAUGGAUUGUUAGAUGCCGACAUUUUUAUUUGUGGGUCUAAGGAUCGUAAUCGUGCAUUGGAAGGGGAUUUAGUUGCUGUCGAGUUAUUGGUUGUUGAUGAAGUUUGGGAGUCAAAGAAGGAGAAGGAGGAAAAGAAGAGAAGGAAAGACCACAAUACUAGACCAUUGAAUGAUGAUAUCCAUAAUGACGCCACAUCAGCACCUACAACCGCAGCAGCAGCAGGUUCUAGUACAGAGGGUAAAGAAGAAAAGGGCGAGGAAAACUCUUUGGGAAGAAGAGGCUCACUUAAACAAAGACCAACAAUGAAAAAGAAUGAUGAUGUCGAGGUGGAGGGACAGUCGUUGCUUUUAGUCGAAGAGGAGGAAAUAAAUGACGAGGUUAAGCCUUUAUACGCAGGACAUGUUGUGGCUGUUGUUGACAGAAUUCCUGGCCAAUUAUUUGCAGGUACAUUGGGCUUGUUGAGACCAGCACAAGCCGCACAAGCUGCCAGAGACAAGAAGUCUGGGAAUGAACCAUCGGUUCAAACACCCAAGGCACCAAAGAUUGUAUGGUUUAAGCCUACCGAUAAGAAAGUUCCAUUGAUUGCUAUUCCUACCGAACAAGCUCCAUCUGAUUUUGUAAGCAACCAUGAAAAGUAUGCCGAUCAAUUGUUUGUUGCUUCAAUAAAGAGAUGGCCCAUUACAUCGUUGCAUCCUUUUGGAACUUUAGUAUCCAGAUUGGGAAAGAUUGACAGUCCUGAGAUUGAAGUGGAUUCUAUUUUGAGAGACAACAAUUUCCUUUGUGACGAAUACCCUAAUGACACUCUUGACGAUGAGGAACUACUCAAUACCUUCGAUUUGCCAUCAGUUGAACCGGAAUUGGAAAAUCCAAACAGAACUGAGUAUUUGAAUGAUUAUAUUAUUGCAUUUUCACCUAAUGGUGAGUUUGUUGAUCAUGCGUUGCAUGUGAAGAGAUUAUCCAAUACAAAGAUUGAGUUGGGAUUCCAUGUAUCAGAUGUGUCAUACUUUGUUAAACCAGGGUCGACAUUGGACCGUAAGUCGAAAAAGAGAUCAUCAUCGGUUUUCCUUCCUCAGAAAGUCGUCGAUUUAUACCCUCAACAAGUCAACAAACUAAUCUCGUUCAAAGAAAAUGUGAAGAACUUGGCAUUGUCUGUUGUUUUUGAAAUCGACACCACCAACUUUGAGGUUGAAGAUUUAUUCAUUCACGAGUCAGUGAUUGUCCCCAAACAAAUUGUCAAUUACGACUUUUUCGAUAAAAUUUUGGAAAACAAACCGGUGGACACAAUUUCAUCCGCAACUUCCGACUACAUCAGAACUUUUAGUUUAAUUGCGAAGGAGUUCCGUCGCCAUCGUUUGGCAAAUAGGAGCUUGGGUAUUACUCCAAACUUGACUUUGCUUGACCAGUUGGAUGACGAAAAGAUUGCAUUGAGUUUGAAUAUUUUUGAUGAUAGUUUGGCUCGUGAUGUUGUUUCAGAAAUUGCAUUGAAAGUGAACUCUGCAAUUGCUGCCAAAGUCCAAGUCGGAUUAGGUAACAAGGCAUUUUUGCGUCGUCAAAGCUUGCCCACAUUACAGAAAAUAGAGACGUUUGUACGUAAGGCAACUAAUUUGGGAUUCAAAAUUGAUACUACAGAUGCAGCUACUUUGCAGAAUUCAUUGUUGAAGAUUGAAGAUCCUGUCAAGAGACAAUGUGUUGAGAUUUUAUUGUACAAGUGUAUGGCUCCCGGGAAAAAUUAUGUUGCUGGUAAGCAAGAUCCCGAUAGUUAUGGUCAUUACUACUACAACUUACCCUUGUAUACGCACUUUACCGCUCCCUUGAGACGUUAUGCCGAUUUGGUUGUUCACAGGCAAUUGAAAGCAGUAUUGCGCAAAGAAGACGAAGAGAAGGACGUGGACUCAUUAAAGGCUUUAGCUGAUUAUUGCAAUUUUAAAAAGGAUUGUGCUGCUAAUGCUCAAGAGCAAGCAAUUCAUCUCUUAUUAUCGCAAACCAUCAAUGAAUUGAGUGAGAGCGCCGGGCAAUUAUUGUGCAUGGGAACUGUUGUACAAGUUUACGAGUCUUCAUUUGACGUAUUUAUCCCCGAAUUUGGUAUCGAAAAGAGAGUUCACGGAGAUCAGUUGCCCCUUGCCAAGGCAGAAUUUGACAAGACUAAUAGAAUUUUGGAACUUUUUUGGGAAAAUGGUGUUGAUUCAGCAACUUACAUUCCUCCUGAUGAAACAACUUCAUUGUCUUAUAGAAACUCAAUCAAGAACAAGUACAGAGCUUCGUCAACACAAGCGGCCAAAAUUCAAAACAAGGCUAUUUUGGAGAAAAAGGAGUCUAAUGAAGACUCAAUUGUGGAGAAAUUGCGCAAGAUGAACUUGGAGCCUCCAAAGUUGACGUUGCCUCCAUUGAAAAAGACUAAAGAGGUGGUGGAUGAGGACGUUACCAGAUCAAUGCCAAGCUCGCCAACACAAUCUCACAUCCCUCAAAAUGUGAGAACCAACUCUUCUUCCCUCAUUGAGGAGUCUGAAGGGUCAAGUGCUGCCGGUUUGGCGCCAUAUUUGCAAAACCUUGAAACCAGAAUUGAAGGUGAUUCCCAUAUUCAAGUUGUUAGAGAAUUGACAGAAGUUCCAGUGUUGUUGAGAGCAGAAAUUGGUAUGACAUUGCCAUGCUUGACUGUUCGUGUUUUGAAUCCAUUUACGUAG